UGCUCUCCGCGCAAGCUCCGCGGGCACCGGCGCGCCCUGGGUAGCUUCCCGCUCCCCUCGUGUUGCCAGAUGGAUGCCAGAGACAAACAGCUUUUACGCUCCCUGCGCCUGGAGCUCUGCACGGAGGUGCUGGUGGAUGGACUCGUUAUUCAGUAUCUCUACCAAGAAGGGAUUCUCACAGACAGUCAUGUUCAAGAAAUAAAAGCCCAAACCACUAGUCAGAGGAAAACCAUGAUGCUCCUUGAUAUUCUCCCCACCAGAGGACCCAAAGCUUUCGAUGCGUUCUUGGAUUCCUUACAGGAGUUCCCAUGGGUUAAGGACAAGCUGAUGCUGAAGCGUAAGGAAAUGACAAUACAAGAUCCUUCAGACUUAAGUGAAGUUGCACCAUGCAUUUUGAAGAUGUCACCAACAGACCAGCAGUUAAACAAGCUGGCGAGGAGGCUGGGACCUGAAUGGGAGCAUGUAGUUCUAUGCUUGGGUUUGUCCCAUACUGACAUCUAUCGAUGUAAAGUCAAUCACCCUCACAACCUGCAGUCACAGAUCGUAGCUGCAUUUGUCCUGUGGAAACAGCGUUUGGGAAAAAAAGCAACAAUCCAAAGCCUGCACGCCAGCCUGAAGGCAGAGGAAGUGGAUCCUUCGGUGAUACAGUACAUGCUUGAAUAAAGCCGUGCUAUUUAUUCAGAGCUUCCACAUUCAAUCAACUAAAGAGGGUGGAAGUGUAUGUUGAAGAUCGGAUGCCUCAAACUGUAAAAACAAGUGGGGCUGGGAACUGUGAUUUUAUUAAGCUUAAACAUUCCAAUUUUCUGUGGCAUCUUGUGACUUGUAAUUCUUUUCAUGCAGAUUAAUUUUUAGCAGGCAUUAAAAAGUGUAUCACUCUUUCAUGUUCCCUUUUGUGCUAUUUCAGUGGGGAUAUAGGGUGACAAAGUUCUUGCAAGCAGGUGAGCCUGCAGUGAGUUCAGCAAGGUUUUCGAUUUCACUUAGGGAGCAAGACUUGGUUUAACUUAUUUUCUGGACUAUGUAGGAGCCUCUUUACUGCUGUUUCAUGCUAGUUCCCUGAUACUAAAGCAAGAAAUGAGACUAAUCACCAUUAUUAAUUUAACAAUUUUGCAACAGUUAUUGCAGGUGGUUAAUUUCACAUUUAUAAAAGUUUCAGCACAUACAUUUUCUUGCUAGAAUAGAUGGCUGCCACUUUGGUCUGCCUUUGAAAAAGGCCCUAAGUGGAAGUAGCAGGAAUGUAGUGUGCCUGUGAGGGUUUCUGCAGUUAUUAUUUAAUGGGUGUAGGUUUCUGCAGGCACCCCCUAUGUGCAUAUGCCAUGUCACAGGUGGGGAGUUCUCAGGAAAGACACACAGUAGAAAAGUGACCAGAAGUAGGCAAGAACCAGGUAAACUGAGCAAGAAGCAGCCUAAAAAAGGAGACAACUUCUAAGUUGUCUGUGUUUGUCUCUUCUAAUAAAUUGGGAGACUGUC